AUAUCUAACUCUCUAUCUCUGACCAUUCACAUUCACACUCUAUAGAAACUCUAUUUUAUAUAUACUCGCAACAAACUUAUGGUCGUGGUUGCAUAAGUCUGCAACUUCAUCGCCUCUCGCUUGGGGAUGAACGGGGCAGAUCGCCGGAUGGAAACUAGAGAUCAGAAUGAAUCUGGCUUAUCUCCUGAGAAGAGUAUUGGGCCAAAGUCAUAUUCAUACGGUGAACUAGCAAGUGUAACUGGUCAUUUCUCGCUCAAUUAUCUAAUUGGUCGAGGUGGUUUUGGUCAUGUUUUUAAGGCAUCCUUGGAUGGUGAGAUCCGUGCUAUUAAGAGACUUGAUUUUCCGGAUGUACAAUCCGAAGGAGGUUUGGAGAGGGAGAUUAUGGUCGUCAAAAGUGUCAGUCACAAAAACCUCGUUGAAUUGGUUGGUUACUGUAUUGAUGGAGCCAAUAGAUUGCUUAUUUUAAAGUAUUUUCCAAAUGGGUCCUUGAGAUCUAAAUUACAUGGAAGUGGGGAUGUUUUGGACUGGGAAAAAAGAAUGAAGAUCGCUACAGGUUCUGCAAAAGGAUUGGAAUAUUUACAUGAACACUGUAAACCUAAAAUUAUUCAUUUAGAUAUUAAACCAGAUAAUAUUCUGCUUGAUCAAGAUUUUGAACCUAAGAUUUUGGACUUGCUCAAUUUUUUACCGACGGUGCUACUCACAUAUCCAAAUCAUCAGUUAUGGGAACCCAUGUAUCUGAAAGGAUUUAUAUCAUCGCCUGAGUUGAAUAGAAGUAUAAUUGGCGGGCCGAGGCAAUAUUCAUAUGAACAACUAGCAAAGGCGACGAAUCAUUUUUCUAGAAACGAUCUCAUUGGCGAGGGUGGCUUUGGACAAGUUUAUAGGGGAUUACUAGAUGGUGAAUCCCUUGCUAUUAAGAUACUCAAAAAUCAUCCAGAUUUACGGUCGCAAGAAAACUUGGAGAAUGAGAUUAUGGUUGUUAGCAUCAUCUGCCACAGAAAUCUUGUUGAAUUGCUUGGUUACUGCAUUGAAGGGGCCAAUAGAUUUCUUGUUUUUAAGUAUUUUCCCAAUAAGUCCUUGAGCUCUCAAUUAUAUAAAAGCAAUCGGGAUUUGGACUGGGAGACGAGGAUAAAUAUUGCCAAAGGCUCUGCAAAAGGCCUAGAAUAUUUACAUGAAUACUGUGAGCCUCCUAUCGUACAUUUAAAUGUCAAGUCCAACAAUAUUUUUCUUGAUAGUGAUUUUAAACCAAAGGUGGCUGAUUUUGGACUUGCACGCUUUUUUUCGGAGGCUGCUACUCACAUCUCUGAAUCAGCAAUUAUGGAAACCAGAGCCUAUAUAGAUCCAUAUGCAAUAAAAACUGGAGAAUACUCUGUAAAAUCAGAUGUUUACUCAUUUGGUGUUAUGCUUCUGGAAUUAAUUACCGGAAGAAGGCCCAUAGAAGAAGACGGCUUUGAUGUUGUUGAAUGGGUAAAAUCUGAAAUUAAGAACGCUUUGCGGGAUAGAAAAUUUGAAAAAUUUGUAGAUUCUACAUUGCAAAUGUUUGACGAUGAAGAAAUGUAUCGAAUGUUGUUCUGCAUUGAUGUUUGUAUAAAUUUCCAAAGUUUCGCCCAUCAAUGAAGAAGAUACUUCUAGCUCUCGACGGAAUUUUGCCUUUAGACGAAUUAUGCAAUGAGAAGGGUGAUAACAAAUUGCCAGGAUACCCUACUUUAUAUCAAAUUCCAUCUCCUAUGAAUAGAAGUACAAGUAUUGGGCUGAGGCAAUAUUC